ACGAAUAAAUCGUGUUGAACGUUAUUACAAUAUAAAUAAUACUUCGACCGUUAUCAGUCGUAAAAGUUGAACUUCAUAAGUUGUUAAUGUUCAUCGUUAAGUUGAGCUUGUAGAAUAUCAAAACGCGUCGGAAAAAAUGACUUCGCCGUUUACUUGUAUCACAUGCCGUGUGGCAUUUCGAGAUUUAGAGGUGCAACGACAGCAUUACAAAUCGGAUUGGCAUAGAUAUAACUUGAAGAGGAAAGUAGCUGAACUGCCUCCUGUUACUGUGGAAGAAUUCCAAAAGAGAGUUAUUGCACAGAGGAACAAAGAUGACAAACAAAGGGAAGAAGAAACAACGAAUUGUAAAAUAUGUAGAAAAAACUUCAACACAAGAAAUCAAUAUGAGAAUCACUUGUUAUCGAAAAAACAUAAGGAGAAAUGUGCAAGACAAAGCACUAUAGAAGAAACUACCAAUGACUGUAUAAAUAAUACAGCUGAUUCUUCUCCUAAUUCUGUAAUAAAGAGGAAUAUUCAGGGAGAAGGUUCUAGCAAUACCAACAAGCGACCAGCAGAAGAAAUGGAAUUAGAUUCUGAUAUUGAAUCUAUAGAUUCAGAUGAAUGGAUGGAGGAUGCGGAGAACCCAAUAAAAAAUAAUGAUUGCUUGUUUUGUGAUCAUCAUAGUAGGUCUUUGGUACGCAAUUUGAAGCAUAUGACUGUUGCACAUUCCUUCUUCAUACCAGACCCUGAAUAUUGUACAGAUAUUAAAGGUUUGCUUACAUACCUUGGAGAAAAAAUAUUUGCAGGAUAUAUGUGCAUCUGGUGCAAUGAUUCUGGGAAGAGCUUCCAAAGUUCUGAUGCUGCUAGGGCACACAUGGUGGACAAGGGACAUUGUAAAAUGCUACAUGAAGGAGACGCGCUAGCAGAAUAUGCAGAAUUUUAUGAUUAUUCAUCCAGUUAUCCCGAUGCUGAGAAUGGUGAUCCAGAUACAGAGGUCGAAAUACCUGAGCUAGAUGAUAAUGACUAUCAACUGGUCUUACCAUCAGGGAAUGUUAUUGGCCAUAGAGCUCUAAUGAGAUACUAUAAACAAAACUUAAAUCCAAACAGAAUAGUGGCAAUACCAAAGAAAGAAAAAAUCCGAAAAGUACUGUCACAAUAUAGAGCUCUUGGAUGGACAGAUACUCAAAAAGAGAUUGCUGUUAAGAAAGCCAAGGAUAUUAAAUACAUGCAGAGAAUACAAGCUAAAUACUCUACACAAUUGCAGUUUAAGGCGAACAAAUUACAAAGAUACUUUAGACCCCAAGUAAACUUCUAG